GUCAAUUCUCAUUGAACACUGUGAAAUGGCUGAAAAUGAUGAAAAUAUGCUAUUAGCAUUAGAACAAUCACAAUUACAAUUAGAGCAAACAUUAGGGAGUAAUAACAAUAGUGGUGAACUAAUGCUCAAUCCUUUACAAAUACAACAAGAAUAUUUUGAAAAUUUGCCUGAAUGUGAUUGGGUUAAAUAUGAUUACAGCAAUCGUAAAUACUUAUUACAAAACAUAGCAUUCGCUUUAUUUGGAGCCCCAAGCUCUGCAGGCGAUUUGUCAAUAUUAAACAAUGUGGGAGAAACGCAACUGGAAGGAUAUAAAUCAAGACAAAAGGAACAUGUUAUGAAAAUUUAUGAAAAGCUCUGUGAACAAAGUAAAUAUGCACAUAAUGAUACAGAUAUUCUAAUGUCAGUAAUAUUGGUUGUGUGUGCAAAACCGAAGCCCAUUAAGUUCUAUAAGAUUGAACCCUCUAAUCAUUGGGUGGACUUACAUCAACGCGAUGAUGUCGAUAUAUGGUGCACACCCGUGUUUUGUGUUAGAAAAUGUAUUCCUACUACAAUUCAUGCUAAGCCAUGUAAGGUUUUUAUUGAUGAAGAUGCAAGGGUGUAUCAUGACUGGACAUCAUAUUUAACAAACAAUACUUUGCCGAAAUGUGUCAUUAUCGCACCUGAAAAUGGAGUGUACCAGGGAGAUAUUGUUCAUGGUGAAGAUCUAGUAUCUGUAAGGCUGACAGUCACUCCAUCACCAUCAUUAGGCCUUAAGUCCAGAGUACUGAGUUCAGUAGACAAGGCCAGUACUGUAGCUUCUUUAGGAGCAUUAGGUGUACUCGGUGUGAGUGCCUUGACACCUGUUGGACCCGCUGUGAUUAUUGGAGCUACGGUCGCUACUGUUGCUACAGGAAUAUAUGGUCUUGUGAGGUCAUCUCUUCAUCUUCAUGAUAGAAAUGUCCAUGAACAGACUAUCAGUCCUACGGAUCCUGAGGCACGUGGUAGUUGGCUGAAUAUAGCAGCUUCCAGCGUUGGACUCGCUGCUGGAGCUGCUACUGGCUUACUAUCUAAAUCAGCGGCAGCAGGAACAAAUAUGACUAAAACAGGUCAAGUUUUGGCGGCAUCGGUUGAAAUUCUUCGUCAUGCGAACUUGGUGACCGGAGGCGCUGGUGUUAUUCAUAGUUUAGUGCAUAUCAUACUAAAAUAUCACAAACACGGCGAGAGACCGACUACUCUGGAACUCUUCCAGUUCACGAGCGCCACUUUAUUCUUCUGUCACGCUGUAGUUUCUAAUCGUACUGCACAAAACAUCAUAGAAGAUGCCCAAGCCAAAACUAUUAAUGAAUACCGUACUAAUUUAAGAAGUAACAAGCACCGAAAAAUAUUCGAUAAAAUCAAUGCUGAGACACGCAGAAUUCAAGGAACAAUACAAGGCAAUACGGAAGUGAUUAAAGGCAUACAAAAUAUUGCUAACAAAGAUCAGUAUUUUGCUGAUGUACUCAAAAUAAAUAAGGAUUUAAACCAGCACAAACUUAGAAUAUCCAUCACAGCUGAUGGCCAAGUUAACCUCAACGCAGUACACAAAUUCAAUCCUUCCGAAUUGUACAAUAUGGGUCCAGAUGGAAGGACGCAGCUGUUCUCUUCAAUCGGUCCGGCUAAUCUUGACGUACCUAAUGCUCCAACACGUAUUGCGCCUUCAACAACAGCUGUCAGUUAUGUGGAUAGAGACGAAGAGAAUGGUCUCUUAGUUGGCAUACAUCCAGGUGAAAUCUUACGUAUCGGGACAUUGUUGGUCAGAGUUAGUGCAUCAGGAGCAGAAAACGUCGCUCUGCUUCUUGAAAAUCUUAGUCAAGACCUCUACGCCAAUUUGAUGACGGUUUGCUUUAACGUUCUAUCGCAGAUGAUGCCUCAAGAGAUCGCAAGAUUAAGAAUUUUGAGCCCCGAAGAGGAUCUGAUAGUGCAAAUCGUUAAAUUUGUUUUCAAUUAUAUGAAAGAGGAACGACCGAUGGGCACUUACCGAAACACCGACAACGGUAUAGUGAUAGUUCUUCGGGAAUUCUUUCAAGAGGGGCGAGUCCGUCAGGAAACAAUAUUGCAAUUGAAGAAUAAUUUUAUGAAUUGGGUCGAAGAGAAAAUUAUGGAAAGGACACGAGAGUUCCCGAACAAGAAACGUGUCACAUGUUCCGUAUGUGAUGGAGUUCGGUUUGCUUGAUUAUAGCCAUAUGUACAAACUAAGCGCACUUUAUAAGUAGAUACUU